CAGCAGCAGCAGCAGCCAACGUCCCAAUGGCGCCCAACCCCGACAACAGCACGAUGCACUCCGGUUCUGCACAGGCCAAAGACAGCAAAGCCAACGACAACAAACAUCUCUGGGCCAUUCGUUCAACCUUGAUGCGAAUCAAGCGGCCUGACAAAGUUGGCUACGACGUGUACGACUCCGCAUCAAGAGACAACUUGAAGAGGGUCCAACUCGACCCCAAGAAUCCACCUUCUAGCCCAUUCAGUUGCAGCUAUUCUGGCCCAGCAUACAAUGAGAACGACGAGUGUUCCGUCUGCUUCCCCCAGUUCUUCCCUGCUUCACACUCAAUCAGCGACGCCAAUGCCCGGGAUCUUCUUAGCGCCAUCGUCAACAGCAUCAAGACUGAUCUCGCCUUUCUGCGCACGGCCCUAGAUAAACAUGCCGACUUCCUUGUUUCGAGGUGGAAGAAAAAGUCACGCGAGAAGCGCCUCAACUUCUUGAUGGAGAAGACCAGCCUUUUCGACAAGAAAUGGGCAGCUGUGCAUCUGCUCGAUCGUGUUGGCGUAUUGAACCGUGAGUAUCCAGGAGAGCGCGUGAUUCCCAAAGUCCGCACUGUUCGAACAGCCAAAGGAGGUUACACCAUCGCCAUGGAGCUCCACACACCACAAUCACUUGCAGAUGAGAACCUUCGCGAGGAGACGGUGGCCUCAUACCAAGACUCGUGGUUUCUGCCAUAUCUUGAUGCACAGACUCUCUCCGAAGACCCGACCCUCUUCUUGAGCUUGCUGCACCAUCGUACCGCCAACGAGCCUGAGCAAUGGUUGAUGUUCGACAACGCCAACAUCGUGCUUGCCGAGCACUUUGCCAUCGUGCCCAACACCUUCAAUCCGAACUGCGUGAUCGCUCAAGGUCCCGAAUACGGCAAACUAGUCAAGUGGAAUGCCGACCAAGCUCAUCGCUGGGAGAUCAUCGGUUUCACGAAGGCUCACCAUCUUCUCACUGCUCAAAAGUCUAUGAUGACUCUCCUCAGCAACUGUGUCAAGGGUCUGCUGGCAGAAGCAGAUGUGCCCCCCACUCUUGAGAUUCAUCCCAAGUGGGAGGGAUUGAUCGAUUCCGACUUCUCCAGGUUCAAGACAAGUUUCUCGUGGUCCACUGACUUUGUCAAGCCAUUCUCACAGCCGCCAAAGUUCAACGCUCGUGAAGUUGCAGAGCUCAUUGCGUCACGCCAUCGUGUCGUCCUUGACGAACUGGAGCUUCUCCAAACAGAUCCACAGUAUGUUCAGUCGUUAUCGAAAGACAUCUGUGCAUGUUUGUUCUUUGAGAGCUGGAAGUUGGGUGAUGUUAUGCCCUGGAUUGUGGACUAUCUCUUCUUCGAGACGAUGCAUCGUGAAUCAUACUGGCGCCAACUCGCUGCUGAGAGCGAACAGAUGAUGCGUUACCUCAAUGUUCUCGAAGAGGCUCCGUCCAAGCAAGCCAAGCAAGAUUUCGACCGGGCAGUCUUCAUCGUGCAAGACCUCUGUAUCGAGACUUUCGCGGUCUUCCAAGGCCAAGUCUUCGCAGGCACUCUGGUUCAAAAGGGCUUCGAGCGCAACUUCGAAUUUACUGGUAGCGCUAAAGUCAAGUCCACAAACCGCACCUUCAGCCAGAAAGACUGGUUCCCUGACGAUCUCCUCUACUGGAGUGUUAGCACGCUAGGUUAUGAUGAAAACAGACCCUUCACCAUGGAUCCUACUUUCAACUUCGCCAUCAUUGACCAUCUCUGCCGCACCGAUUCCAAGGAAGCCAAUCGAAUCGAUCAGACCAUGCUCGACAGACUCAGCGACAUGUCUAUCUUAAGCGAUGCUAUUACUUCCAUUCGUUCCGACACGACUCGCAAUCGCUCAGUCGACGAACAGGUAGCCAAGAUCUUCGCUAGCAAGAGCCAUACUACAUCUCCUGCCGAGUGGAUCAAGAAAAUCAACGCAGGUCAUUGCCCAAUGCUGGGAGAUACGCUAGGGCCUGAUUUGCUACGCUUGUAUCAGGAGUUUCCUUGGCCUCGCGGUAAGAAGGACCUGAGAUGGCUAGACCAGGCCAUUGCGUCCCGUGCGUGCUUGACCAAGGUUUGGGAGCGAUUCAAGAAGCUGUGGGUCGACAAGCUUGUUGAGGCCAAGGUUAGCAAGAAACUGAUUGAUGAAGACAUCAAAGUGCUUUCCGCGGCUACUAGCCCACGCUAUCAGGAAGAAGUUGAGCAGGAAAAGCAGGACAUCCUGGAACUCGUUGCUCAAAGUGCCGAAGCAGAAGCCGCCAAGUCCAACACCCAGGUGGAGAUGCAGACUUUCUGGGGCAAGGAGAACGAAUCUCUUGCCUCUCUUCCAACCAGGUUCAAGUCCAUGACCCCUCUCUCUCCAAACACAGAGACCGUCACCGACAGCCUGAAGAACCAGAUUGUUAUCUAUGUUCCACCUACCAGAGCUGCUGCCUUGCCAUCAAUUCAACGCGUCAAGUCCGACAACAUUGCUGUCUUCCAUCACAUGUUUCCCCUCAGAGGUGCCGAGUCUCAACGCAGUUUUUCGUGGCAACACUUCCUGGGCGCUAUGGUCGAUGCCGGCUUCAGCAUUUUCCAGAGUCAAGGAUCAGCCAUCACUUUGAAGCUGGACGACUACUCCGGUGUGGGCGUCAAGACUAUCGUCCUGCAUCGUCCCCACCCAUCGCCAACUGUCAACCCAGUCAUGCUGAGAAGGAUUGCAAAGAGAAUGGAGAAGUGGUUCGGAUGGCACAGGGAGAUGUUCGUUGAGAAAUCGAAGUCCGAGGAGUAGUUGAAAUGACAGAUUUGAGAUGUGGUACGAGUGGAGAUGGCAAGAGAAGAGGCGUGACAGAGUGAAAUGAGGGAAACGGUCGCUAGUACGACAGAUAGCUUUGCAGAAAAUAGCUUUGCUGAUGAAUAGUAGAUGAAUGACAAGCUUCAUCUGUUUAGCGCUCUCA